GACCUGUAAUACUAUAAAAGAAGUGAUUACAAGAAAGUGAAGAGAGAACAGGUGAAAUCCCAUUUUUCCUUAUAUAAUGUCUGAUCCAAAAUUUAGAAGAACAAUGGAUUUUACAAAGUUGUUGCCCGAAGAGUGCAUGUGUCUGAUCAUAUCAUUGACUUCGCCUCGAGACGCAUGUCGAUCGGCCCUGGUUUCUCCUGCCUUGAGACCAGUUGCAGACUCUGAUGAUGUGUGGGAGAGGUUUCUGCCUUGUGAUUAUCAGGAAAUCAUUUCAAGAUACUCAUCUACGUCAUUGCUUUCAUGGGCAAAGAAGCGUCUUUAUUUUCAUCUCUCCUUUCAUCCCAUUCUGAUUGAAAAUGGUACCAUGAGCUUUCAAUUGGAGAAAGAGACUGGGAAAAAAUGCUAUAUGCUAGGAGCAAGAGCACUGUCAAUUAUAUGGGGAGAUACACCUCAGUAUUGGACAUGGACAUCUCUCCCAGAAUCUAGGUUCUCUGAAGUUGCUGAGCUCAGGAUAGUGUGGUGGCUGGAUGUGAAGGGAAGGAUUGAGACCAGAAAUUUAUCUUCCGGAACAAACUAUGCGGCAUACCUUGUGUUUAAGCUUAAUGGGAGUAGAUAUGGGUUUAGAGAGAGAACAGUAGGUUUGCAUGUGAACGUGGGAGAAACCGCAUCAGGGGAAGUGAGGAGUGUGUUUCUAGACCAUCCACAGAAUGAUCCCCAACAAGCUCAAGAGAGAGGAGAUGGGUGGAUGGAGAUUGAAACGGGUGAGUUUUUCAAUGAAUGUGGAGAUGAUGGGUUUCUAGACCAUCCACAGAAUGAUCCCCAACAAACUCAAGAGAGAGGAGAUGGGUGGAUGGAGAUUGAAACGGGUGAGUUUUUCAAUGAAUGUGGAGAUGAUGGGUUUCUAGACCAUCCACAGAAUGAUCCCCAACAAGCUCAAAAGAGAGGAGAUGGGUGGAUGGAGAUUGAAAUGGGUGAGUUUUUCAAUGAAUGUGGAGAUGAUGGGACAGUGGAGUUUUGCCUUCGGGAGAUCGACUGUAAUUACGAUAAGCGUGGCCUCAUUAUUGAAGGAAUUGAGGUGAGGCCUAAAAAUAUUGGAAGGUAAUAUCAUCUUCUUCUUUCUAUUUGGUUCAACAUUCCUUUGCAGGAUUUGAAUAUUUAAUGUUUUGUAUUUGAGAAGAAAAAGUUAUGGCAUGCACUUUCCAAUAACUUUUAAAUAUUUUACCCCAAAGGCAGAUUGUGUUGUAAGUACUAUAUUUGUAAAGUUUAAUAUUGUGUAAACAUCCCCAAAGGCAGAUGAGCCAAUUACCAUAUCGGUUAUUGAGAA